UCAGGAAAACAUGUUUACCUUCAGCAAGCCCAGCUUUCUCACCUUGGUCGCGAGGCUGGUCCGGACCAAGGACCCAGCCUCUGACAUCACCGAAUCCAAGACAGAGCUCAAGCGAUGCCUGACGACGCUUGACCUGACCUCCCUGGGCGUGGGCAGCUGUGUGGGCACCGGCAUGUACCUGGUGGCCGGCAUGGUGGCGAGAAACUUCGCCGGCCCAGGGGUCAUCUUCUCCUUCAUCAUCGCUGCCAUCGCAUCGCUCUUCUCGGGUGUGUGCUACGCGGAGUUCGGCGUGCGGGUCCCCCACACAAGCGGCUCUGCGUAUAUGUACAGCUACGUGACGGUGGGCGAGUUCGUGGCCUUCGUGAUCGGCUGGAACAUGAUCCUCGAGUACCUGAUCGGCUCGGCGGCCGGAGCGUGCGCAAUAAGCGCCUGCAUCGACGCCAUGCUGGGAGGCGCCAUCAACGAAGCCUUCCGGAACACCUUCGGAACCAUCAUUGGUCACACACCGGACUUGCUGGCCGGCAUCAUCACCGUGCUGAUGAGCGCUCUCAUGCUCGCCGGCGUCAAGAAGUCGCUGCUGUUCAACAACGUUCUUAACUGCCUCAACUUUGCCGUCUGGGUCUUCAUCAUGGGCGCCGGACUCUUCUACAUCGAUACUGAUAACUGGACCAAGCACGGGGGAUUUCUUCCCUACGGCUGGUCAGGGGUUCUGGCCGGCGCGGCGACGUGCUUCUACGCGUUCAUCGGCUUCGACAUCAUCGCCACGACGGGCGAGGAGGCGGAGAACCCCAAGGUUGCCAUACCCACGGCCAUCAUCUUCAGUCUGGCCAUCGUGCUCACCGCAUACAUCACCUCCAGCAUGAUGGUCACGCUCAUCGUGCCGUACAGCCAAAUCAAUGCCGGCGCGGGUCUGGUGGAGAUGUUCGCGCAGAGAGGUGCCCGCUCCUGCCACUACAUCGUGGCCCUCGGAGCGCUGGCGGGCCUCGUGGUCUCCAUGCUGGGCUCCAUGUUCCCCAUGCCACGGGUGGUGUACGCCAUGGCGAAGGACGGCCUCAUAUUCAGGGCCCUGUCCAAGGUGUGGCCAGUGACGGAGACGCCCGCGUUCGCCACUCUUCUGCUGGGUGGAGCCACUGCUGUCGUCUCCAUCGUCAUGAGCCUCGACGUGCUCGUCGAAAUGAUGUCCAUAGGCACGCUGAUGGCGUACACGCUGGUGUCGACGUGCGUGCUGCUGCUGCGGUACCAGCCGCGCACAAAGACCCUGGUGGAGCUGCUCCCCGAAUCGGUGCGCUCGCAGUGCCCUACGCCCAGCAGCGAGGCGCCCCCGUCGAUGGUGCCCUCGCUUAGAGGACUGGGCCUGGGCUCUACGGGGCCACCCUUGGGCGCCUCCACCACCACCAUACGCACCAAGAGGACCAACCGCGUCGUGACGCCCGACAGCGACGACGACGAGCGGAGAGGAGGCGGUGAUGGCAGCCUACACGUGCUGCAGCAGGAAGGCUACGGCUCGAUGCUGGCCGCCCAGGAGAGCAUCGAGGAGGACAUGUUUCAACAGCCCACCUGGUGGGAGACCAAGACCAAGCAGCUCGGAUACCUGCUUCCCUUCCUCAGGGGACACCCCGGACCGGCCACCGACAGCUCUGGCAUGAAGGUGAUGAAGCUGGUGGGCCUGCUGUACGUGUUCGCGAUCGCCUUCGACCUGGUGAUCGUGUGCGGCGUCGGCGCCCUGGAGCGGGGCAACUGGUUCGUGCUCGUCUUUCUGUUCGCCUGCUUGGCGGGCAUCCUCGCCUCCGUCUUCCUCAUCGCCAAGGAGCCGCAGGCCAAGUGCGACCUCAAGUUCAAGGCUCCCGGCGUGCCAGUGGUGCCGGCCAUCGCCGUCGUAGUCAACAUAUACCUGAUAUUCAAGCUCUCUGUACUGACGCUGGUGCGAUUCAUAGUGUGGAUGGUGCUAGGCAUGAUCAUGUACUUCUGCUACGGCAUCAAGAAGAGCAACCUGGAAUCGCUGAUGGAGGAGCGCAUCGAGCUCAAGAUCCCCACGCAGGGCUUCACCCUGGAGGCGCCGCCAGCGCCCCCGCAACAGCGGCAGCAGCAGCAGCCUCCCACCGCUGAGGAGAUCAGCGCCAAGCUCGCCGACGUGGCCAACGGCCGGCCUCCCCCGGCGCCUCCGAGGCCGUACGAACCGCAAGAGGAUGAAGUUCCCGCGCGACGCUGGCACACCUUCGAGUGAUCGUGGAGCGGCGACGUCAACGUAUCGAGACACGUUCCCCCGUGGCUUAUACACCGCGACGUUCUGCGGGGGGCGGCCCCCGGAACAGACGUGACUUGCGUGUACGGCAACCGUUCGAAACGUUUCGGCAACCGCAGUGCUUCUUGCCACGUUAUAUGUGGAGAGCUUUCCCGCUCUCCGGCGGGCGUUAGUCAUCGUCAGGCAGCGUACGUGUUAUCGUAGAUGCUUUGCCAAAAGUUAAGAAGCUGUUGCGGGCGCGUGGCAAGAGCUGUCGCUGCAGGCCCUGUGAAGGGACGCGCAGCUUUCGUUGCUUCGAAGCUCAAAAAAAAAACGUCAAGCAGGACUGUCUCUUUCGAAUCGCUAAGAACUGUGGGUCACCGAAGGUUCUGCUGUGAUCCCGCGGUAUACACGCUGUCCAGCGACAGCUCCGGUCAAAAGCGGCACCGGCUUCGAGACUUUUGUUUUAGCACUAACACUGUCGAGGGGGUAAAAGAAUUGGAACUCUCAGCUGGCUCUCGACCUACAGAUAAUUGGACGGCUACGAAUCAAGACACUCCGAGCUAUGGUAUUUCGCGCAGCUGAAGCUAUAGCAUUUCGUUCGAUUCUAACCGGCGGCCAGUAUACAGUAGUUCACAACCCUCUCCACCUGGCCACCAGCUUGGGAGAGACCGCGCUCGAUUGCACAGUUUCGAAGUGUGGUAUUUUUUUUUUUUUUCGCGCACUUUACCGCUUGCCUUAGCUCUAGCACUGACAGUCUUGCGAAAGGCAUACGCACUUGCCAGGUGACGUGUAGGCGCCAUCUUAAAAGAGUAUUUGCGAACUGUCUGUCUGAGCAGGGCUAUCGGCUAAGCGCGGUUCUUUCGCAAUAUCGUAGAAGCGCGCUGCGUGUUCCGAGACCGCGAAUGUCGACUGGUGGAGUCUCUUAACAUUCCCCACUCCAGUGCCUGCACACUGUUGCAUGUCGUGCAUGUCGGCAUGUCGUGCAGUGCCUGCACUGCACUGUUGCGCACGCUCGCGAGCAUGAGGCUAUGGCGGUGGUCUAACUUAGGAAAACUUGAUCUCUCUGCACAGGCGAAAACAGUAAGGCAAUUCGUUGGAAUCAAACUGCAAAAGAUGUGCUUGCACAGCAUCAGAAACGCGCCCGUUUGCCCUCUCUUCUAUACGUCGCAGCAAGGAAAGAGGAAAUGUUGAAAGAAAAAAAAAUGGUUUGUGGAUUUCUUGUCGGUGCCGCAGCGCUGUUUGCCGUUUUACGUCGUUCGGAACACCCUUUUCCCGCGAACGGACAGAUCAGUCGUCAUAAAAGGUUGCAAAGACACUCUUACGCCUCUAUGCAUGUGGCCACAGUCCGGUGAACUGAAAGAAGGCUUCCUCCGCACCUUUCUCCUAAUCCAGAAGCUAACAGCGUGGCCUUUAAUGGUACCGUCAACAGGUCCAUUCGCCCACUUUCCGCUAGCAUAUCGCUCUUUCUUAUCUCAAUGGAAGGUCGCCUGAGAUUGGGAACUUGUGAGGUGUGUAACAUCUGGCGUGGCCCAUACAUAGAGCGUGAUUGGUCAUGUGCCCCUAUUGGAUGUAUUCUGCAUUAGAAUUCUAGAACAUGCCAAUUGGAAAUAUCCAGCCGCCCUCUUCCGCAUCUACAGAACUGGAGAUGGCAUCCUGUGCGCUGACAAAUUCCGCCAUCACAUCGGGCUCGCCAUUUUGUCUGCUUUGAUUGGUUCGCGGGGCGGCUGCACAAACUCUGAUUGGCUCGAAACUAAAAUACGGAGAAAUGUGAGUGUCCCGAAAAGCACGCCCGGAGCAAUGAAUACCUAAAAGUUUUGAUGGCACACUCCAAGUUGGUUGCCGCAUAUCUGGGUGGCUUACAUCCUCAGCUGGAAAGCCUGGAACCUCCCAGGUAGACUGCGCAGUGUUCAUUUAUUCGAACAAACUUUCUUGCCCCUUAAAAACGUACAAUCGCCAUUGCCCCUGUAGCCUCGUGCGCGUGUGCUACUAAGAACUUCAAAUUUCGUGUCAUGUAGUGUGUUUCGCUGCGUUACUGCUAACUCCAACGUUCGUGUAUCCGUUAAAAAUCGCUGCCAUCAUUCAAACAUCAUUAGGGCUACGGUACAGACAUAUGGUGACCGCGUUGCGACGGCCGUACAAACGUUAGUGCUAUCUUUCACGAAACAUGUCACGUGGUCUUCACGGGUCAAACGGUAGGCGUGCACGACGUACCGAACAGGACACGGCAAGCGCGGGUGCAAUGUACGUGGCCUCUCUUUGCGCCUCACCGCCAUCUCCGCAGAGCGCUGUAUUUGUUGGUGGGCUGUUCGUAUCUGAGGACAACGCGCGGCCUGUUGAACUGUGAGCAUUGUUCUUCGAGGCACGGGACAGCGCACGCGGUCAGACAUGAUGCCGCCGAACCUCGAUAUAACGAACACACGGAUAUAACGAAUUAUCAGAGGUAAACCUAGAAUCUGGCCUGUUCAUGCUCUAUUUUACGGGAUAUUCCUCAAGCUGUGACUAAACCUGAAAUUCGCGAUCCGACACAGUAUCGGUUAUAACGGAGUGAAGUUUCGUUUGCCCGUCGCUCAAGAUACGCAUUCUGGUAGAAAUCGUGUCGCAUGCAUUUGCCGGCUGGUUAGUUCGAACGCCUGAUAUAAUGAAUAACGGAUAUAGCGAAGACACUUGUCCCUACCUUAUAGCGAGGUUCGACCGUACAGCUGUCUAGGAGGCAAAAUCACGAAGGCAGAUCGAGUUCUGAAGAGGCCGCGGUACUACAUGUAUCUCUCUCGUGGUGCCACACUGACUGUCAAGCCCGGAUAAACGCCUAACGAAAUGUACCCACGUCUUCCUGUAGUCGUCUCGAAGAGACAGUAAGCAGCAGAUUUAAAUAAAGAAACAUAAUAAUACAGUCGCGUGUGCGCGUAAAAUGUAAUGUACCGUACACAAUAUAGCCUGUGGAUAGACCGUACAAUGAAUGUCCGCUUUACCCGUUCCUCCAAAGCGUAUAAGGUGUUUCUACGUGGCGUUUCUUGAGUGUAUUGUUCUUCCGUUUUAUGCGCGACGUAUGGUGCUACCGUGGAUGUCAUAUCAAGCGUGGAAAGCGGAGUCUUUUGGAAGUUGCAUAAUUAUCAGCGCACGAGUUUUCCGUGUCUCGUGUGUACGAUGUCAGUAUAUCAAUUACGAGUGUCGUCACACACUAUAUGCAGUCAAACUCGAUGGUAACGAACUCGUCCACAGCAAAUUCUGCUCCACGUAGAACACGCAUCACUUAAUUCUUAAGCGAUAUCCGUGCAAAAAGACUAACCGAACAUUGGAUAUGUUGAACUAUGAGAGCGCCCGGAGCGGCUUGUUCUUUUUU